AUGGAUUCUUUGUCUUUAGAUUACAGAGAGAAAGUUGAUCAAUUUAAGUCGAUAACUGGAAGUUCUACUGAGUCUGAAGAUGACGAUAAGAUAAUUGAAUUAUUGACGGUACAUGAUUUUGAUUUAAAUAAUGCAAUAUCCACAUAUUUCGAUUCGGGGUUUGAUUCCAUUGGGAACAGUUCAGCAAUUAACCAACACGAUGAGAUUGACAACGAAUUAACACAUCGACACUCGCAUCAUCAAAACGAUACCCCUGAUGUCAGUUUGGAGCAACGUGGACCAGUAAAUUUGCAACAUCAAAUGUUCUUUGAUAGCUUAUUACCAAAGUUACCCAAAGCACCAGUCAUUUCAAACGGUUGGCAAUUGGAAGUUGGGAUACACACAUCAAUAAUGGAGGAAAAAAUAAGGCAAGAAAGAGAGAAAAAUGAAAUUACAAAGGAAGAUGUUUAUGAAGCCACAGAAUCAAUUCAUUCUGAAAAUGAAGAUACCAAGAAAUCACCGUUGAGCUCAUUAUGGAUAGUAUUACUUCUAAUACCAAAGACAUUAUUGCAUGUUUUAUUAUCAGCAUUUAGAUUUGUGUUUGGAUGGCGUGUAUUCAAAAGUCCAGAAGAGAGACUACCCGAGCUGUUCAAUUAUGAGAAGUUUAUUCCCAAUUAUAAGUUUUUACCAGAAUUGAAAUCCAACAAGGACGAAUCAAACGAAGAUGUGGAUGUUAUCAAUAAAUUUAACUUACGGGAAGGUGAAUUUAACGAAACACAUCAAUUUUGUCAAAAAGAGUAUCGUUGGCUUUUGAUCGUUUUAGUCAAUGAUUCAAUUGCAGCUAAAAACUUUAUCGAGUCAUUGGUUAACCACAGACACUUUAAUAAACUAUUUAAUAAAUCAAAUGGAUCGUUCAAGGAAACAGAGAUAUUCAUCAAUAACAUUGAACGAUCCCCUGAAACUUUUGAGAUUGCCCGAACUUACAAAGUGAAAAGACUCCCCUAUGUUAUGUUAGUCGGUAAUGUGUCUGCUAGCCCUGAGAUAAUGCCUUCCAUGUCAAUAGUUUAUAAAUCAAAUAUUGCUAAACCAUUUAUCACUGAAGAUGAACUUCCCAAUACCACAAACAAGAUCUUGAAGAAUCUUGGCAAAUUGAUGGAGCGAUUCAAUCCUCAAUUAGUAUCAGCCCGAUUUGAUAAACAAGAAAUGGAAAUCAGCAGACAGAUAAGACAAGAACAAGACGACGCAUAUCUCAGAUCUUUGCAACAAGACAAGAUAAAGAAAGAGAUGAGAUUGCAGGAAGAAAACGCUCAAAAGUUGGCUGAACAAAAAUCGAAAUUGAGACAAUAUUAUUUGCUAAAAUUGAUAUCGACAAAAUACAUUGAACUGAAUGUUCUUGAUCAAGAUGUUGAUACCAAAUGCAAGAUUGCUUUAAAGUUACCUAACGGUAAAAGAAUAGUAGAAUUAUUUAAUGGAGAAAUCACAUUGCUAGAGUUUUACAUGUUUAUUGAAUUGAAGCUUUUCAUGGAACAAGAGGAGUUGGACGCAAGCAACGUUGAUGAAUUGAUUGAAAAGAUAGAUAUUGACAAUAAUGUGAGAGAUUCGAUUCAAGAUCUUUCUGAUUAUCACAAUUCUUACCCGUUUAAAUUUGAAGUCAUUCAACCUUAUCCUAAAAAAGUUAUUCAUUUGGAUGUUGACAUGGAUCAGAAUAUAAAAGACAUUAACGAGUUCAGCAAAGGGGCAAACUUUUUAAUCGAGUUUAUAGAUGAUGAUGAUGAUGAUGAUGAAGAGGAAGAAGAAUAA